AUGUUGGUGCCUUUUGGUGCGAUCCCCGACCAUCUCCUGAAACCCUUACACGUGGACACAACCUUACAGUACAACGUGAAGAAACUUAAGCUGCCAAACUCUAAGGAUCCGUCUUAUUUGGAAUCUACCUUGAUCCUCGCCGCAACCCUCGACCUUCCUCACACGGCCUCGAAUUCCAGUGACUGCUGCUGUUGUAAUUCAACACCAUUGCAGUUGCCAGCAAGCUCCAAGACGCACUAUACUGGUUUCGGGACAAAUGCUGCAGGAUUUAAUUUGGAAACUGCGUGCUUGUUUGCCGGAGGUUAUGUAGUCGUGUCGGUAUACAACCAAAGUUUCCUAGAAGAGGCCCACCGUUUGAAUGACAAGGAAAUGCUGACGUCUAAAUUGCAAAAACUGUUUCUGAGGGACGCUGUGGUUCGUCGCCUUCGAGAAAAUAAUCAGUCUCAUCUGAAUAGUCCGACCAAUCAACCGUUAGGAAUUUGUGUUCGAAAAUUCGGAAGGUUGGGAAACCAAAUGUUUGAAGUGGCAGCGUUGCUGGGUAUUGUGCAUGUCAACGGCAUGAAGGCUUUCGUAGAGGCGGAUAGCGAUCUGAUUGGCCUGUUUGAAAUGCCAGAUGUAGUCAUCAAACCUGUCGGGAAGUGUGAAGAUUUGGCAGUCCACCACGAGAAGAACAGAUCGGUUUUUAACAUGUCAUUUACACAUUUUGAUCGCCCGCUGCAUGGAGACGUCAGCAUUGCUGGGUAUUUUCAAUCAUGGCGAUAUUUUCACCACAUUUCGGACAUCAUCCGUCGUCAGUUUACGCUACGACCUAGCAUACGACAGCUGGCAUUGGAGGCGUUGACGAAAGCGAUAGUUUCUCAACGCAAAUCGAUGGACUUGAUCAGUAGUACUACAUAUGUGGCACUGCACGUGCGGCGCAACGACAUGAUGAACCCCGACCGGAAAAAACUGGGCAACAACGUUGCGCCUGCGUCAUAUAUUAUAAGUGCACAAAACUACUUCAGGCAUCUCUUCCAUGACGUUUUGUUCAUCGCCGGCUCGGAUGACAUGUCUUGGGUAAAGUCCAAUGUGCCUUCAUUUGAUACUGUGUAUUUAGAGGGGAACAGUGGGGCGGUAGACUUUGCCGUGUUGUCUAUGUGUGAACACACCAUAUUCACUGUUGGCACUUUUGGUUGGUGGGCGGCCUGGCUUAGUAAUGGCAAGACUAUUUAUUACAAACAUCAGUUCAAUAGCAAUGCAGCUCCUCAACAGUUUAUGAAUAUUCAUGACUAUAUGUUCCCGCCUUGGAUACCAAUGGAGUAAUUACCAGUACUCGACUCUUGCUUGCGUGUAGUUUUAAGUUCUUUAAGUUUUACAAAU